AUUAUAAAAGACGCGAAGUGAUGGUGGCUGCUCAAAUAAUAGUAUUGUUUUGUAUGGUUGUAUACUUGCAAAAACUAAAAAUAAAGAAUAGGCAGAGAAGAGAUGCAUCUAGAAGAAAGUUUUUAAUGAUGAUAAGAAGGGAAAGAAAAAGAAGAAUGACAAACAGACUCCGCUUAGUAUACUUGAUGAAUUCUUCAGGCAGUCGUACUUGUUGGUGCAUUCAUCGUACUAAACAAUGGUGGCUUGCAGCAUCAAGUGGUCUUUUUGGUCCGUCGUGGUGGCGUGAGAAUCUCAGGAUGUCAUAUGAGACAUUCACGAUGCUGGUCAAUCAACUGAGACCAUACAUAUUCAAAAGAGACACUCAAUUAAGAACAGCAGUGACAGUGGAAGAGCGUGUUGCUAUUACCGUGUGGAGAUUGGCAACAAAUGUUGAAUACCGUACCCUGUCUGCCCUAUUUGGAGUGGGUAUAUCAACUGUAUGUACCAUUGUCAUGGAAACUUGCACAGUCAUAUCUCAACAUCUCCUACAACAUUAUGUUAAGAUUCCUACUGGAAGCAAAUUGAGGGAAACUGUUGACGGGUUUAAGACUCGCUGGGGUUUUCCUCAAGUUGUAGGAGCAAUUGAUGGUAGCCACAUUCCAGUACUACGCCCCUCAGAGUGUGCAACUGACUAUUACAAUCGAAAAUGUUUUUACUCCAUCAUUAUCCAAGGCGUAGUUGACUAUCAAGGACAGUUCAUUGACACUUAUAUAGGCUGGCCUGGGAAACUCCAUGACGCAAGAGUUUUCUACAACUCUUCCUUCUAUAAUAAGGGCAGACAGGGUACUCUGUUUCCAUCAAUGUCAGUUAGAAUUGAACAGACUGAUAUCCCAUUGUUAAUCUUGGGAGAUCCGGCUUAUCCUCUUCUUCCAUGGCUCAUGAAGCCAUAUCCUGAUUCACCCAGUGCCACUACUGAAGAGAAGCAUUAUAAUUAUCGCCAGAGUAGGGCAAGAAUGGUCGUAGAGAACGCCUUUGGGAGACUCAAGGGUAGAUGGAGAUGUCUUCUGAAGAGGAUGGAUUGCCAUCUGACAAAUGUACCAGUCAUAGUGGCUGCUUGUGUGACUCUUCACAAUAUUUGCGAAAGGUUUGGUGACAAUUGCCAAGAGGAUUGGAUAGACAGCGGCAUGGAUAUUAGUACCACACCACCAACUCAAGCCAGUAGCCUUAUACUAAACUCCUCUAGCACUACAGCAACACAAUCUAGAGCACAAUCCAUAAGACAUGCACUAACGAUUCACCUAAAUAAGCAGUAACAGUCAUUCAACAAUAAUUAUUACUUACAUCUAUAUUAUUAUCUGUAUAGCUAGCUCAUAAUAGUCUUUUACCCAGAGUUAUACCAAAAACUAUCAUGUACUAUUCUUUCUGUCAAAAAGUGACCACGUAUUAAAAGUGACCACGUGUCAUAAAAGGCAUUAUUUAGAAAAGUAAUGGCUAGAGAG